UAAAUAGGAGCUCGGAGGCUCCACCCCUUCCUUUUCAUCGGCGACUCGUGGAAUUUGUAAGGAACUCCGGGAGGGAGCAUUUACCACCAGCCAUGACCGAGGAAGGCAUAACUGCUGGAGGCAUAAUGGAUGUCAACACCGCCCUUCAAGAAGUGCUCAAAACAGCACUUAUCCAUGAUGGAUUAGCUCGUGGAAUUCGUGAAGCUGCCAAAGCCUUGGACAAACGUCAAGCCCAUCUUUGCGUUCUUGCAUCCAAUUGUGAUGAACCUAUGUAUGUGAAGCUGGUUGAAGCUCUUUGUGCUGAACAUCAAAUCAAUCUGAUAAAG